AUGGGCCCAAGUCCGGAGCGUCUGUUUCUCUCCUUUCUAUACUACUUCAAUUCAAUCUUAGGAAUAAACCCGUACGUCUUCGAUCGCCAUGAGGGGCUCAGGUUCCGUACUAGUACACUUAAACGCUAUUGGUCCUUUGCUAUCGGUAACCUGACGGGCAUACUGGUCCUGUUCAGUUUUUACAUCGUUCUUGUUAACAUGCUAAGCACUGAACCAACCUUACAAUACAAUCGUGCGAUGAACAUCUGCUUCGUGCUUGUGGGGGCACAAAUCUCAAAUCUCGUUCUAUUGCUACUGCUUUUCGUUGCACGAUGUUACGGUGCUAUCAAUGCGCAACUAGAAACCGCAAUUUAUCAGCUGGUACCAUUUGAAACCGAUUGCUCGUUCUGGGAAAAACGCAGGGUGCUACGGCAGCAGAUAUGUUGCGACGUUAGUGAUAGACUAGACGAUCUUCUGGUGCUGCAUCAAAGUUUAACGGAUCUCGUUCACCAGGUUUUCCAAAUCCUACAAAUGCCAAUUCUGCUCAUCGCCCUGAACCAAUUCGUCGUAAUAGUAUCUCGGUCUCGCCGAGCAGGAGCCAUAUUGAAUGCCUUCAUAAAUGCUUCAAUCGAUCGACGCACCGAGCAGAGCAUCGAGCGCUUCAGUCUGGCAUUAAUGAACACUAAAUCCAAGCUUCGUGUGGCCGGUUUAUUCGAACUUGAUCUAGAGUUUCUGUAUUCGCUGGCAACGACCACUACAUCCUACCUAAUCGUGUUAAUACAGUUCCAGUUGAAAGAUUAG